AUGGCAGGUGUCUGUAGUGACCCGCACGACCUGGCGCCAAAAAACGGUCGAGAAACGGCCGACCGACGACAAUUUCCGGCCAUUAUUAUUGUUGUCCGACUUGAUUGGCUUGACCGGAUAUGUGACGGUAUUAUAAUGGUGCCAUUGAAAUCCUGUCACGGAUACACUGAUUUAUAUUACCGUUCAUGUAGGGUCACAAUUGACUGGAAAAAAAAGAAAAGAAAGUCCAAAAUUGAAGGAAAUUGACAGAAAAAGAAAGAUUGCAAAAACUUUUUCGUUUUUUUUUGGUAGAAACGGCAAAAAAAAGUUAAUAUUAAUAUAGAAUGAACCUACUUCUGACCGUUGAAAUUCGAAAUGAACAUUCAAAAAAUAAAAAUCAAGCGCUCGAUUUUAUUUCUCACGAAAAUUUGCCGUGAGAUCAAAAAUUUUGAAGGUUGUUUUUUCAUUUCAAGAGAUUAUUUUCGAAUUCAAACAACUGUGUCUGAAAAAUAGAUCUCAAAACAAAAAUUCUGAUCGACAAAUAAAGUAUUUCAAAAAGUCUAGAGUCUUUCCAAAAAGAAAAAAAAGGUUACGAAUUACAGGAAUGUCAUGAAAGGUAGGGGACAUCAAAUAGCAACAAUUUGGCCUUUUGAAAGGUCGAAGAUGAGUCAAAAGAACUGUAGAAGCCGUUAAUGGAAUGACGUUUGAAGGGGAAAGCUUACGGUACAGUGCAACCUUAUAAAAAAUCGUUUGAUUUUGAAAUAAUGGGAAUACUUUGGUAAAUUACAGAACGCAGACCACUUCAGCUUAAAAAAAAGACCAGAAAAACCAAAAAAGUAAAGAAUUUCGAUUGAAUAAUAUUUUAUUGAUCUUCUAAAUCUGAAAAAAAACCCAAUGAAAGUUCUGAAAAAAGCGAGAAUAUUGAAAAAUAACCUUUCAGGGAUCUGAGUCAAUUUUUUUGUCUUGCAUGCAAAUUUUUUUGAGUUAUAAAAACUUAUGGAUCUGCUAAAAAUCUGAAGUCAAAAAAAGACCAAACUAUUGCGACAAAACUGAACAAAAAAAGGAAAAAAAUUUAGUAAAAUAUUACUUUUUCAUCUGCUCCAACUAGCCUUAAAAAAAUCUGGGAAUGGCUAAAUUCUGAGAAAAAUAUUUUUUUAAUAGAAGUCCAGUCGAAGAUUCAACUCUAAUUUUUUUCCCUCAAAAAAACGACUUUUCGAACAAAAAAUCUCUCUAGAAGUUCUAGAAUCUGAAAAACAAAUGAGUUGAAAGGAUCAAAUUAUUGGAAAGAAACAGGACAACCGCAUAAAGCGACAGGGCGGAGCUCCUUCGGAUUUGAGCGGAGGCGAAUAAUUGCGUGGAGGGAGCUCUUGAGGAGAGGAGCAGCCCUGGAAAUGAGGUGGCAGACGUUGGCCGAAAAUGGCCGGGUCAUCCGAGGGCAGCUGGCCAACAGAUGUCAACCGACAUUCUACUUUUGCAUUUCAGGACAAAAUUGAUCAUCUCAAGAUCAUGAAAAUGGCCUCUUAUUGGGAUAUGUGGAGGAAGAGUACGUGGAGAACGGCCCAAACCUUUUUCGGCACGAUCAGGCUUGUGCGAGGGCCGGCCCGUCAGGCUUGGCUGUUUUCUGAGCCGGAUUCCGCCCGGCCUAAACGAGGGCUCCAGCAAAACGACAAGUCCGGUCCAAAAGUGGGCAAAUUUUUUUUAGCUCAAAUAUCAGACUUUUUGAUGAAAGAAAAAAUCACAUUUUUGAUUUCCUUUUUUCGAAAUUCGACAGAAACUUCGAUUGAACAAAUAAACCGAGUUUUUUAAGACUUGAAACCGUCAGGCUUGUCUGCGCUCUCUUUUCCUACAUUUUGUUUACCGCCUAGGACAUCAAAACGCAGUUAGUGAAUGAAAAAAGAACUUUGAAGGAAUAGAGGGCGCAGAAAGGCCAUAAUGUACGGAGUUCUGGCGAAAUCAACUUGUAGGAGCUCAUCUGAUUCACAAAAAAACUGAAUAAAAAUCAGUUCACGCUGACUUUCCACUAUAUCAUUCUGAUCAUUAUUUAGGCUCAAUGUUAACAAAACGAAAUUUUUGAAGCGCUUUCAAAAAACCGAACACCAAGCGGAAAGCAGAAAAAUCGAAACGAUUCAUCGUCUGGGAGCAAAAUGCCCUCUCUUCAGGGAGCCGAAUAGCUAAUGAACGUUGCCCGAAACCGUUGACAAAUGUAUUCCUGGACAUGCAUAUGGCUUGUCGCAAAUUCGUAACAGCCGUACAGUUAUAAAGCAAGGUUUACCUUUUGUGGUCGUCAAACAACAGGUGUUGAAUAAGGAAUUUCUCGAAGAAUAAUGACUGACAGCUGUUAUUCGCGGUUUUCUUUAGCUCCGUAAUUCCAGCUAAUUACCUGAUUUUGGUUAAAAAAAACUAACCGAAAAGCUUCAUCCAACCAAAUCGAAGAGGAAAGGAAAAGCACGAAAGUGGACAAUUUCCGUUGGUCAGAACUGUUUGCUCGCGACGGCUUCGUCAUCGCGUCGCCAUUUUCCAUGGAAAGAGCACCUCGCGGAACUUUCUUUCCCAAUCUUACUCAUCUUAUCGAGUAAGGGAACGUCUGAAGGAAACCUCAUUUGAAAAAUUUUUGUAGUUUGAGUACUUUAAUACAAUUUACGAGUGAAUUUUUCAACUCUAACUGAAAGAUAUUACUUCAAAUAUAUGAAUAACAUAAAUUCCUCCUUACUUACAUGUUGAAACACGAUUUCCAACGACAAUGGUUUCCAUCGAGAGCUUGCAAGGUCGAAACCGGAAGUUUUGAAAGUUUGUUCUCCGCGGCCGACUAUCGUGAUAAGUUCGCCCCGCCGCACACGUCCUUCAAAAAAGAAAAGGCUUGGGCUGGCCAGUCAAUUUUUAUCGUUUUCUACGGUUUUUCGACGUUUUCUACUUCCAACGUGUUCAGUAGAUAAUUUCAAAGCUGUUCUGAUUUGUAUAAAGGCUCAUUUUGACUAAAAAGGCUUUUAAGUUUGUAUAUUUUCUAGUAAAAUUUUUUCAGAAAAGGCGUUUUUUGAAUGGAAUCUUUGAACGGUCGCGAUACGAUUUAACAAGAUUUCUCAAUAUUUUUCAAUAGAACUAUACAACUUUCUUCCUUUUUUUUCGAAGUAGAUAGUUGAAAUUUCAAUCAGAUACAUUUUCUGCGCGUCCAUUCCGCUUACUCCCCGCAAAAUCUUUUAAAAAAUAAUAUUAUUCAGGGUAAAAAUGUCGACUGACGACUUGCUCUGGCUAGGACUGUCACAGCAGAAAGCAGCCGAAACGCUGAAAAAUGCAAAUUUAGUUAAAACUAUAGGAACUGUGGUUUCCGCGGCGAAAGAAGCCGGCGCUCCGGGUGAUUUGCCCAAGACUAAAGUUUGAAUUUCUAAGUGGGAUUAUUAAAAUGGUUUUAUUUGAGGGAACUCUUCUUUAUCAAUUAUCGACCAAGAUAAAGCCCCAGUGCGCGGCUCAACUGCCUCUGAUAGUCAAGUAUAUCCUUUCCGAAGGCCUCAAGUCUGAAGCUCAGGUGGGAAAUUACGUUAAUUGAUGAAUAAAAAGAGUUUUGAGCUCUCCGCGGCGAUCGAAUACGUUCUGUCGCACACUGUGAAAGGGAUCGAUGUCAAGGAUUUCGAAAAGGCGGCCGGAGUUGGAAUUGUUGUGUCCAUCGAUGAAAUCGAGGACGCUGUAAGAUUUUUUAACUUCUGAGUGUUUUUAAAGUUCGGUUCAAGCUUUUUUGUUUCAGAAAAAUCUCAAAAAAGUUUUUUCUUCGAAAUUUCAGUCAAAAAUGACCCGUUAUUUUGAAGUUAGGCUAGUUUUUUCAAAGUUUUUUGUUCUGUUUUCUAAAAACCAAGACUUUUAAGGUACAAAAAUUUUUUUAAAAGGUUUUUUCAGUCAACAUUACGGCUAUCCAUUACCUUAUUAGGGAACUACUCGGACUCGGGUACGCGGAUCGAGUUGAAACUUUAGGGGUUUAUAGAACUAAGCAAGAAUACUUGAAAACAAGUGAGAAUAUUUGCUAAACCCAAUAGAGAACUGAGAAAAAAAUUAGUAGAAAAAUGUGAAAAUUAGGCUUGAAAAUUUUCAGGAAAAUUUUCAAAUUACUGCUUCUUACCUUAUUUCAUAUUUUAAUACAAUCGCCUUGAACUAUCCGGCUAUGAUACACUCUAAAAAACUUUUUUCCAGUCAAGAGAAGGAGGAAAGCAGUAAAUUGAUAAUUUUCAAGCCUAAACUGUUCAUUUUCAAAAAGCUUUUUCUCCGAAGCCUAUGGGGUUUAGCCGAUAAUCUCUCUUGUUUCCAAGUACUCUUACCCCGGUCUAUAAGCCACCAAAGUUUCAACUCGAAACGCGUACCCGAGUCCGAGUAGUUCCCUAGUUAACAACAUUCGCAAUUCGUUGUUUCUAAGCUUUUAAAUUGAAAUUGUUUGAUAUUUUGUAAAAUUUAGUUUCAAAUAAAGGUACUGAGUGUAACAUAACGUAAAGGCUUAUUCCUAAUUAUUUUCUGUUUUGCAUUGAAGGCAAAGAUUCUAUUUAAAAAGUUUCAGCGCAUCUUUCCGUAGUUUGAGAAAAACAUUUUUUUCUUUUAUAAAUUGAAUAUUAUGGUUUCAAACCUUUUUCAAUCAAAAAAAAACCGGUUUUUUUAGCAAGAUACUAACUUUUCCUUAUAUUAUUUUCAAAUGAAAAUGUCAUUAAUUGAAAAACCCUGUUUUUUUCAAAAAUGAAAGAAAAAUGAAUCUUUUUUUGAGUGUUUUUUUGUUUUUUCCUAUGGAAAUAAGGUAUAAUUUUUCAGGUCACCUUGGUCAUAAAUAAACACAAGGAUCAGAUAAUCGCGGAUAGAUACACGUUCAACGUGGGAAAAACUUUUAGGUAUGAUUUUUUUCUUUGAUUGCAAAAAGAAACAAAUAAAAAUAUUAUUGUUAAAGGUGA